CUUGCACUUUCUUCUAUCACACAACACAACACAUAAGUUUAGUUAUUGAAUCAUCAUCAUCACUUACCAAUCUUCAUUUACUACUCUUUUUCCAACAAAAAGAAAAAGAAAUAUGACAACUGCUACCUUCAUAGAUAUCCUCUUGGCCAUUCUUUUGCCUCCUCUUGGUGUUUUCCUCAGGUUUGGUUGCGAGGUCGAGUUUUGGAUUUGUUUGUUGCUGACCCUUUUUGGCUAUCUCCCUGGGAUACUUUAUGCUAUCUAUGUUAUCACCAAGUGAACUUCAAUCUUUGUGGAGGUGUGACCUGUGAACGGCAAUAUGUCUUUCGUUUCUCUGAUUUGGGGUUCGUUUAUAGGCGUUGAUGGACAGUUGAUUCUUCACUCUGUGUGUCAAACUGUUUAAGAUUUUAUUUUCCUUUUUCUUUUUCUUUUCCCUUCUUUUUUUAAUCUGAUGUAAAGGUGGAAUAUUGGUUUUGUAUGAUAUUCUUAAACCCAUGAUGGGUAUUUGAGAAAAGGUGUAAACUUUAGUUGAUGCUUACUAAAGGCUUGGCUUCCAUGCAAGUGCAAAGAAAAUUUCAUCAAAAGGCCAUUGUAUUUUAAUAUUGAUGCUCAUUCCCUUAACUUUUUUCUUUCUCCGAUCCCCUGAAAUACCGUAGGUUCCACAGGUUUCCUGCAAAAAUGAAUAAAAAAUUAAGAUAUUCCUUAUUA